GCUCGACUCAGUGUGCUAGAUAGCCAGACCACCACUGACUCCAUCCAAUCCAAGCCCCUUAAUUACCAACCAAUUAAUGGCAGGCUCUACGAUGAGAACCAGCUUCGCCGCUUUGAUGCUUUUCCUGUUGGCUUCGAAGCUUUGCUUCGACGUGGCCACGGCGGCCGGAGAGUGUGGGAGGACGCCCAUUGGGGAGGCGGCCGCCAGCUUGAGCCCCUGCUUGGCCGCCGCAAGGAAUCCCGGCGCCAAGGCUCCGCCGCCGUGCUGUGCCAAAGUUAGUGCGUUGAUUCGAACGGCGCCGAGAUGCCUCUGCGCCGUUCUGCUGUCGCCACUGGCAAAGCAAUCCGGCAUCAAUCCCGGGGUUGCUAUUUCCAUUCCGAAGAGGUGUGGCCUCAAGAACAGGCCCGUUGGGAAGAAGUGUGGAAGGUAUACCGUGCCAUGAGGAGGGGGGCAAGCCAAGGCCUGAGUUCUCCAUCUAUGCUAAUUAGCGUUAAAUAAGACAAGUUAUGUGUGGGCCAUUUGUAGCCUUUUUAUGGCCCAAUGAAGCUUUUUGUAGCAGCUUGUGCUAUGGCCGAGUUAUAUGAUGAUGAUGAUAAUAAUAUUAUGAAUUAGUUGGAUUUCAGCGAUCAUAAUUGCCACAACCAUAUGCAAUAGUGCAUCAAAUAUUAUCGUUGGUACGAUAUGAUGGUCAUAAGUUAAUGAAUUAAAUCCAAUAAUAACCCCACCACCUAUCCCUUGAAUUGAAUCGAUGUACAAUACUGCUGAUUAGUACCAUUUAGUACAACUACUACAAGUUCAUUUA